UGGCUACGCCACUGAGCAGGGCCUUGUUGUCAAGGCUCCAGGGAAAACUAAUUUAGUGUAUUUGUUUUCUUUUCUUUUCACAACGCAAAAUUCCCUUAUUUAUAAUUGAUAACUAAAACAUUUUCGCCUUUGAUUAAAUAAUUAAAGAACUCCUACAUGACAGUCUAUGCACUGUGCCAAGCGAGACAUGCUUCUUUUUCCAUGGACCUUCAUCUUGGCUUACUUCUUGAAUUUUCAAGAAAAAGUUCGUGGAUGCAAAAUUGUCCCGUGGUUCCCCGAGCUCAAUGGAACGUGGUUACAAAAUCACAUUAUCCAGAACCUCACAACACCGACGUCAAACCAAUGCCAAGUCAAGUGCUUCGCGAAUGAAAGCUGUCGAUCAUACAAUUUUUGCCAGGAGCUGGAGCUUUGCCAGCUCAGCAACUCGGAUCACGUGGAACACCCGGACGACAGGGUGCCGAGGGAGGGAUUUGUAUACAAGGGUACUAAGAAUGCUUGCGCGUCUGCCCCAUGUCUUUCUGGCCUUCUCUGCCAGGCGGACUUUGCUCACGACUCGUACAUAUGUGUGUGCCCUGCUGACCAACCGGACUGUCUAACACAGACGUCAAUAAUAUGUCACGACGAAAUGGUGGACCUGUCCUGUCCUCAAGGGGCUGUCUUGGACAUCCAGUGGGCCUUGUACGCCAGGUCCGCCCGAGAACCGUGUCCCCAUUCAGCGAACCGCAUCUGCACCGUACAAUAUCCCCAGACCCUCGCCAAGGUCCAAGAGUACUGCCAGGGGAAGCAGUCUUGUAGUUUCAGGGUUAAUCAUAUAGACUUGGUAGGGUUCGAUCCAUGUCGUAAUGUUUUCAAAUAUCUCGAGGUUCGCUAUGCGUGCAAGUGACGUCACUUUCUGUCAAGCAUUACUCAGCGAGGAAAGCGACCCAGUGCUCCUCGUCCCUUUGCACAGCACAGGAUUUCCAAUGCUUGAAAAAAGUCCACAUUCCAAAAAUAGCCUAAAUGAGAUCCUGCCCUGCAUUGUAUUGUAUUUUAGAUAAAAGGUAAAAUGUCACCUUUUACUAGGUGCGUUGCUUGUAGUAGAAUUUGACAACAUUGGUGACUUUUAAAAUCGAAAGGGCUGCCAUGUGUUUUUCCCCUAGUUUAAAUGCAUGUAAUGUUCAUCAAUAAAUAGAAAUUCAAAGUC